AUGAACGAUCACUCAAUAGCUUCUUCGGCUAAUCUGGGAAUGUUGGCAAACUUAUCGAUCGAUAAAGAAAGCAGUAGUAUGGAUGAAAUAUUACACGCUUUCCGACCAGAAUCAAUUUGGAAAGAUCGUGCAUUGACAAUCGUUAGACUAGCUAAACGGGUACAAACAUCAUCAGCAGAAUCAAACGACUUCUCCAAAGAAUGUAUCCUGUCUAUUCAAUCUGCAUUGAAGUACCACAAUAGCGACCAAAGCCAAGCUUUUGCAGCAAUUCGUUUCAUUUCAGGAUUGUACACAUUCGCACCACAACAAGCUCACAAGAUCUUAUUCGACCACGAUGUUUUGGACCUAGCACUGAGCUCUGUCACAGAUACAAAAGAUCAACAAUCAUUCACCAUCAAUAGCCUGGCAGUCGCUGAGCUACUCUGUCUCGCUGCAUCUUAUAAUGAAAGCAGGAAGAAGAUCGUAGAGGUGUCAAAUGAAUCACCUACUGAAGAUGCACCCCAAGCAAAGAUUGUAGAGGUCACUGAGGAAGAUGAGUUGCGAGCUUCAAGAGUGCCUAUGGAAUGGCUCGUCAGUCUAGUAGAGCGGACAGAGUUGGAAAACCCACCAGCUACGUCAAUGCUAUCAAAAGUAUCUUUGUUAGCUUCAUUGGCACUUCACAAACUCACGAGAGUGGGAAAAGCUCCCACUAAAGGAGAUGCAAAGGUUAUGGAAGGAGGACUUGAAGGUCUACCGAAAGACAAAGAUGCCGAAGAAGCUGAGGAAAAGAAACAAGCCGAAGAAGAUGCGUUCUUGAACGAGAUGUGCAGGAGACAUAUUCUUCUGGGCAAAGAGGCUGAAAUAAAGAGCUUUGCCGAAGCAGGUGAUUCUGCAAUUGAUCUUUCUUUAAAGAAAGAACUUGCUAGGCUCUGUCAAGUUUCUGCCAUUGAAGGCUUGUCGUAUCUGUCUCUGCAGCCAGUAUAUCGACAUUCGAUCGCGAAUGAUACGGAUUUAUUAAAGGCAAUCUGUAAUUCGGCAAAGGAUGCAACUCAACUUGGGGAUACGAGGACGUUGUUUCCUUCGCGAGAUGCAGAGAAGAGCAAAGAGUCGGCAAAAAGCUCAUAUGAGCUAGACAAGCUACUCGACCCUAAAACGAUGACUGGUGCGGAGGAAGCUCCCGAUACGGCAAUGCAGCUUGGUAUCGCUUCUUUGCUAGCCAAUAUAAUGUCUUACCCUGCUACAAAAUCAAAAGAAGAACAGCAAAUGGAUAAAUUACGACGAAUGGCAAAUGCACGAAACGCAGAGGGAACAGACGAAAAAGAUCAAUUCUUGACUUUAGAUGCAAUUGAAGAAAGGGUACGAAGAGUUAUCAGUGUAAAAGGUAUAGAAGCAUUGGUUUCAAUCGCAAUGUCUAAGUCACAUUCUGGCUCGGGCGGAGAUGGUAGUGUGGCAAAUCCCAGCGCUUCUGUACGUCAAUCGGUAGCCGAGGCAUUACUGUAUGCCACAACAAGACAAGAUAAGCGACAGAGAGGCUUCAUCAUUCAGCAAGGUGGUGCAAAGGCAUUGAUUGCACUGUCCAACAGCACGGUUGCUCAAGCAUUGCGUUCACAAGGAGACGAAAAUGUUGCCGCCACUCCAUUAUCAUUUACAGCUAUUCAGGCUUUAUCACAUUUGCUCAUUACGGAAAAUCCAGCACUUGUUUCAGCAGAUCCGAUCGAAGUAGUUCCAUCACUUGCUUUACUCUUUUUACAUGCUGAUAGUAGCCGAUUACAAAGAUUUGAAGCUUCAUUGGCGUUAACGAAUGUUGCGUCACUAUCACCUCAACUGGCAAAUCGUAUCGCUCAUGCAGGAUUUGCGAAAAGUGUGCUUGAUACGAAUGCAACCGAUGCCUUUGUUGGCGCAGAUCGCGGUAAAGAGUCAAAAGGCAGACUAGACGUUGGUUCAAUCUUACGCGAAAGGAUCUUUAUGGAGGAUAACGAAUUGAGCCGUCGUGCUUCGUUGGAGUUAUUGUGCAAUCUCUUGGUCGUAGACGAUGUCUUUCAACGAUGGUCAGGCGAGACAGACGAUGAAAAUAAAAUAAAAUCUUCCGUAAAGAAGGAUGAGAAAGAAAAGGAUGAGAUUAUAAGCAAAAGCCGAGCUGCUCGUGAUUUGACCUUUUUGAUUGCUCUUUGUGCUCCUGCAGGCAUUGAUGAAGCCGGUAAAGAGAGUGGGCUGAAAUUACGAAUGGCUGCCGGCGGAGCGAUUGCAACGUUAUGCAGUUCUGCUUCUGCAUGUGCACGAAUUCUUUCGUUAGAGCCAAGGAUUAUAAACAAGAUUGCAAAAUUGAUUGAUCCGAUGAUUGAAGUCAAACAAGUUGAUCAGAUAUCCGAAAUUUCAGGAGAGGAUGACAAAGGUGAUCCGGAAGAAGAUGCACGAUUGCACAGACAAGAUAUAGAGAGUGAUCCCCUAGGUUCUGAACAUGGCCAAUGGCAAUUAGCUUUACGAGGAUUGUCAUGCAUAGAGUGUUUAUUGCAAUACGUCGAUUGGAUUCGUGGCCAAGGCACAAACGAUGCAACGGCCUACAAACGUGCUAUCUCUGCUUCUGGUUUGGUCGAAGCCGUCAAAUCGAUCGCCAAAAGUGGUACAAAAGCGUUGAAAGAGAACAAUCCGUCAAAACCGAUCAAAACAUUACAGAUGCAAGUGACCAAACAAGCAUUAGAGCUGCUCAAGAUCAUUCAGCAUUUAGGCUUGUUGGAAAGUUAG